CCAGGAAAACAGCAGCAGCAGCAGCCUCGUCUGACCGUGCGCCGGCUGCAGCCUGGUGCAUUUUUUCUUUGCAGGAGACAGGAGCCUCACCGAGAGCUCCGCACACCGGUUCCCAAACUGUCUCUUCGGCUGCUUCCCGCGAUUAUUAUGGACAACGACGAGGACGAUGAUGGGAACUUCACCAAGUGGAUGAGCAGUUACUGGGGACAUGGGGUAGGGGAGGAACACACCAAAGAUAGGAAAAGGAGUUUUAAGAGGCCCUCGCGCAACAAAGCUGACCGCCGUGCCUCUUUGCCCUGCAUGUCUCAGUUGGAAGCCAUUCAGGCGAAUCAUCUCCAUACUAACAACAUGGCCCCUGUCCCUGUCCACCUAAAGGGCCAUGAGGAGAAGGAAAUGCAUUCACAUCCUCGUGCCCGCCGUGUGUCUUCAGACAGCCGAACCAAAGCGGGGGGACCUGAAUGUCACAUCAGCACCAUCCCAGAGCUCACUAAGUGCUUAGAGAAGAGGCUGCGUUUCAAUAAACAGAAGGGUGACGCAGAAAGCAUAUGUCUUAUUUGCCAUGAAGAACUACGGAAUGGAAGGGGUGGCAUCCAAGAACUUCACUGUGGCCAUCAUUUUCAUAAAGAGACAAAAUGGCCAGAGCAUGGCACACGUCCUCGUAGUGGGAGUUCUGCACCUGCUUGUGAUCGAAGAAAAGAGAUACCGUUCUGCCCUGGACAGGAGGAAUAUCGCUUACCCCAUCGCCAGUUCUCUUUACGUAGACAACGUUGAUUGUUUUCAGUUUAACAUAUACUCUAAAAAAUAAAGGUUCUUUAUUGGCAUCAAUGGUUCCAUGCAGAACUUGUACCAUUUAUGUGGAACUUUUCUAUUUCACAAAAGGUCCUUUAUAGUGGAAAAGGGUUCUUUAGAUUAUUAAAAUAUUAUUUUAAAAAAGUAACCUUUGUUUUUUAAGUGUACUGUAUGUAUGAAUAGUACACAGUAAUCACUCAGUAUAUUAUCAAAAUACUUGUUAAUUGUCAGUUUUACUUUGUGUUUAGCUCCAGACACAAAAUGAACCACAUCUCUUGUUUGCAGGAAAGUUUUGUCUUUUUCCCCCUUUUGAAAUCAAAAAAGCAAAGACCAAUAGUAAAUACCAGCCCCU